UUUCUUCUUACCUCAUUUGCCCGCUGUUUAUUGCCAUUGGGCCACAAAUUUUUCAAUUCAUUGGACCACAUCUUCCGUCGUCGUCUUCAAAUAUCUACUACAGUAGCUAACUCAUUUUGACCCGACUCUUUCUAAUGGACUCCCACCCAAACGAACCCGACGAGCCACUGACGCCGGCCGGCCGCCUCUUCCUCCGUCCGGAGAUGAACACGAUAAUCCACUGUGUGGUCGGCUUCAAACACCCCGUCGACGUGGCCGAAGUCAAGUCCACAAUCAGAGACUCCCUCAUGGUUCAACACCCUCGAUUCUCCAGCCUCAUGGUCCGUGACUCCCGUGGCUUUGAACAUUGGAGAAAAACCCACAUCGACAUCGACCGCCACGUCAUCGUCGUCGCUCACGAUCAUAACCUCGUGUCCGUCAAUGACUACGUGGCGGACUUGUCAGUGAGUUCCCCGCUGAGUAACGACAAGCCCUUGUGGGAGAUUCACGUGUUGGAAGGUCACAACUGUGCCGUGUUCAGAAUUCAUCACGCUUUGGGCGAUGGGAUUUCGUUGGUGUCCAUGUUGUUGGCCAGCUGCCGAAGGGCGGCGGACACCGAGGCGUUGCCUACGGUGGGGGUGGUCGGGAAUAAGAGGGAUAAUAGUUUGGGAAGGGAUUGGAGAGAGGUCGUGGUGGGGUUUGUGAAGAUGGUUUGGUUCAGUUUGGUGUUUUGUAUGGAGUUUGUGUUGAGAACUCUGUGGGUUUGUGAUCGGAAAACGGCCAUCAGCGGCGGCGCUGGAGUGGAGCUGUGGCCGAGGAAGCUCGCAACGGCCACGUUUCGGUUCGAUGAUAUGAAAGCGGUAAAAAGGGCGAUUGAUAAUGCGACCAUCAAUGACGUUCUUUUUGGAGUGGUGUCAUCUGGAUUAUCAAGAUACCUGGAUCACCGAUCGCCAAACGAAGCUCUACCAGAGGGACUUCGGAUGACAGGCGUAGCCAUGAUUAAUUUAAGACAACAACCAGGAUUGCAGGAAUUAUCCGAAAUGAUGAAAAGAAAGAAUUCAGGAUCACGCUGGGGGAAUAAAUUUGGCAUGCUUCUUCUUCCUGUUUAUUAUCACAAAGCCGGUCCUGAAUCUGAUCCCCUGGCGUAUUUGAGGAGAGCUAAGGCGAUGAUCGACAGGAAGAAACGAACUUUAGAGGGUCAUUUCUCAUACAAAAUUGGUCAUCUUGUAAUGUCCUGGUUUGGAUCAAAGUUUGCUUGCCUGCUGAAUUACAGGAUUGUUUGCAAUACCAGCUUCACAAUCUCAAAUGUAGUUGGUCCUCAAGAAGAAAUUACACUUGCUGGCAACCCUGUAACUUAUCUCAGGGCGAAUACAAGUAGCCUGCCCCAUGCGUUGACGAUGCACGUGGUGAGCUAUGCAGGAAGAGCUGAUAUGCAAAUCCUGGUCGCCAAAGACAUCAUCCCUGACCCAGAAUUUCUGGCAAAGUGUUUUGAAGACGCGUUGCUUGAAAUGAAAGAGGCGGCCACAGUAGCUGAAGUCUCCAACAAGAUGUAGGAGGAAAUUACAGUUCAAAUUGUGAAUUCAAUUAUACAGAAAAGAUUUGUUCAAGAAUUUGUGUACAGAUGUGUUGUACAAGGAAAGGGUUAAAAAAAAAAAAA